AUGGCUGCCCUCUUUCAAAAAUCGAGCCCGUACGUGGUGCCGGGUGUCAUCGAUCUGACGCAACCUUCGCUGUGGAUCGCUGUGGGCAGCAUCUGCUUCAACCCACUCUACUGGAACAUUGUCGCACAGAACGAGUACCACAACAAGACCAUAACCAAGAUUCUGGGCGGUCGGCGCUAUCUGGGAUGCUACCUGCUCGCCGUUUCGAUCUUUUUGCUGGGCAUCGUGCGCGAUCAUCUCUACAACCUGGCACUCAAGGAUCAGCCUACGCACGCACUUCUGCAGCAGGCGUGGGUUAGGCCGGCAGCCGCCUUACUGUUUGCAUCCGGCAACGUCUUUGUGCUUACCUCCAUGUACGCAUUGGGCGUGACGGGCACCUACUUGGGCGACUACUUUGGCAUCCUCAUGGACAGCAUCGUCACGGGCUUCCCCUUCAACGUGAUGGCCAACCCCAUGUACUGGGGCAGCUCGAUGAGUUUUGUCGCUGUGGCGCUGUGGUUUGGCAAGCCGGCGGGACUGUUGCUGAGCGUGCUGGUGAUCGCAGUCUAUGCGCUGGCGCUGCGCUUCGAGGAGCCGUUCACGGCCAAUAUUUACAAGCAGGCCGAAAAGCAGAAGAAGGCCCAAGCCGAACAGCAGGCGCUUCUCGAGAGCGAUGGUCCUGCCUCUGGCACGCGCAACCGAGGCAAGAGAACGCCGUCCAAGCCCAGGGCCUAA